AUGCUCAGUCAGGACCUCAUUCACUUAAACAGUGUAGCACGUCGCAUCGCGAUUCCCCAAAUCAGAGUUGUACACAAGACCGUGCACGCCCGCUCUCCAGACGCCAUCUGGACGUUCCUGGCUGGUCCCACAAGGCCGGCCCGGAAAUACCCUCGAGAGUCGCAUUUUCGAUGUGAUUGGCCACGAUCCGCUCGUCUAUCUGACUUUUCCGAGAUUGCAGUGCUGGCUGUAGGACUUCGGACUCGAUUCCAAAUCCCCAAAUAUGCGGCAAGGGUUCUCCAUGGGAAACCACCCGCCAUUGGCAACCCAGCUUCCGAUGUUCGAAAAAUAGCACUGCAGGUGCGGAACAGCCCUACCGGCAUCCAGGUGCUCAGAGCCACUACCUGCCCGCCCUCUGCGAAAUCUGCCUCGCACAUGGAUGGAGCUGUCUAUCAAAAUAGCCCGCAGCUUGCGUUUCGCUUUACCCACCCCGUCUGGCAGCGGCUAGUGAUCAGGCCGCGCCACUUAGCACCAAGGCCAAGCUUUCCACAUCUUAGUCUGCCCAGUGCCGAACCGCCCCUUUUGGAAAAUGAACUGCCCAUAUCAGCUCAUGUCCAGGCCGACGCGUCAGCCAUGCCAGUGUUUUUUGGCUUGCGAGAGCUUCGAACAACACUGAGUCAUGGCGUUCAAAUUGAAAGCCAAGAAAAUUGCUACUUCUGGGUAGCGUAGCAUCAUCCAGAGCCGACGGGUGGUGUUUUUCUUCUUUGCAGCCAGGACGAGCACCAGACUCCCAGGCAUCGGGUUCGUGCGCACUGUUCGUCCCAAGAAGCUCGCGACGGUGCCAGGCCCUGCAGAGUUGGCAAAGCAUGGAAGCACGCAGGCGCAAUGCGCUUGGCAAGCCAAGCCUCUCGCCCACUGAAGGUAACGGCCAAAAUAGCCGUGGUUGUCGCUAAAAGCCUAAGCUUUUUGGGGGGUCGGCAAUGCUGCAACCAACCCGGGCGCUUUGCCAAACACAAGAGCAUUCGGCGAGGUUUUGAAGAUUAGGGCUCGACAAUGACGGAAUCAGCGCGAUGCCACGAGAUGGGGCUUUCUCCCCCGGUGACCUGCGCAGUGCUGCUGGCCGCCACCGGCGCACGUGACACGACUGAGAUGCUGCUGUCAAUAUCAAGGAGAUUGUUUCCGAAAACUCCCCGGCGAU